CGAAGAGAACAAUUUACUGCAUACGAAUACUGGUAGUACAAGAACCUCUUGCUCCUACGGAACGAUUCAUAGACGAAACCGUGCUGUGCUGGCUCACAAAUAGAAGCAGUAGUCUUAUCUACAAUCUACGAUCAAGAGCUUUGUUGUCCUAUCUUCCGAAAGAUUUUUUUCGCAACGAGGUCCAAAGAUUAUCUUUGCUUGACACCUGUCUAUUUGAGCACUAUUCUCAAAAUCGAAUUUCAUCGUUUCCAAAAUGGCGGCCAUUCUUUGUACAACCAUCGGCGAUCUUAUUUCGAAAUGCUGCAGCGCGAUGACGGUUCCCUGUGAAGCCUGCGGCAAGGGCUGCAACGAGCUCGGCAAGCUCUGCGGCAAGGGCUGCAGCGAAUUCGGCAAUCUCAUGUGCACUCCCUUCAUGCCCUACAUCGCGGUGACUUUUAUGCUAAACACCCCUUCGGUGGUUUACGCCAUCAAGAGCGCUCAGAGCUACGGGUGCUCCUAUUCGUUGUUUCGGUGGCUAGUGGUGAAUGCGGCCUUUGCCGUAUCCCACAUGGUCGCGGCGUUGUACAUCGUGAAGCUCAUCCAGGAACCGACGGCGGCGGAGACUGCACCGGAAACGGCGACCAUCAAUGCCACGACCGGUCUGAGGGCUGCCGAGGAAGGACAAUCGGCGCAAGGAACCAACAACAAUUUCUAUGUUCUCAACAGCGACGAAGGAAAUGUCCCGGGUGGUGCCAAUUCGUUCAAGCGCAUCAAGUACGUCCUUUGCUACGACAAGGGAAUGGCCGUAUACAUUGUAAUUUUUCUGACCUGGGUCGUGUGGAUGGGGAUUGGCGUGAGCCGACGGUUGUUUUCAGGUGACGCGAACGACGACUACGAAUGCGACGAAAUGCUGCACUUUAUGAAUCUCGCCAUCGCGGUCGGCUACGUCUGGAUGGGCCUGGUCGGAACGGCAUUCUGUUGCUCUCUGUGCUGCCUCCGAUAGACUGCCGAUGCAUGAAACGAGAGAAUGAGCGAAAGUUAGAAUUGAAUCAUUCGGCAGCAUCCAUGGGAGUAAUUUUGUACAAAUUUAUGUUUAGGUCAUUAAAAAUUUUCUGUAACA